GCCAACACAGAAUGUGCUCUGCAAUGUGCUGCAAGGCAUCUUGCCGGAGCAGGAACAGUCACAGACUUUCAUCCAGCAACUUCAAUGGUCGACCAAAGAGCUGCGACGACAUCAGGCAGAGCUGCAGCUGCGAGUUGAGAAUGCUUUGGCCGAAGGCUCUAUAAGCCAGGCCAUUCAGUCGGUUCGCGAUGCUCUCCUCUCCGGGUGGCCACUUCGUGCCUUGGAGCAGCCCCUGCAGCGCAUUCUUAGAGCUUCAAAGCAAAAACAGGCUGAGGAGUGCCUGCAGUUGUGCCUCCAGAUCUUCACUACUUUCCCCGAAUUCUGCGGGGAAGCCACUUUCUCCAGUUUAGUUGCCUUGCUUGUGGAUUCUGGGAAGCUGGGCACGGCCGAAGAAGUCUUGCAGCACGCCGCUGCCACCAGUCGCAUGAAGAUGCGGACAGCGCAGCCUCUACUUGAAGCUUUGGCCGAAGACAAAGAUCUCAACGGGCUGCAGAGGCUCUUUUUUGAUGUUGUGCACCCUAUGGUCAAAUGCCAACAGGCACACCUAAAUGGAAAUUCUGUGGAGACAUUGCUCCGCGGGUUCGGUACAAUGCCAAGCAUGCAACAGGAGGUGCUGACAUUGUUGUCAGCCACGGCACUAGAGCUACCCAGCAAAUGCUUGGAAGCAAUUCAUGAUGGCCUGCGGAAGAGUCAGGAAGAACAUGAGCUUCAUGUGAGCUUUGUGCUGCAGCCGUGCGGGACGCACACACUGCAACGGUUGACGGCCGCAUUGCAGGAUGCAGGUGGCGGAGUUCCUGCCAGCUGCUUGGUGGAUGGACCAAACAUAGGAUAUCGCGGUGCUGUCCAACGUCGCCAGCAUGCAGAAGGUAAACGGGAAGGCGCUAGAGGCAAGAACUUUACGAAGGCCCACGACGUGGUGGUCGAAAACUUGCAUGCUGCCUAUUUCCGACAUGAUCAGAUUGAAGCGGUCAUGCUGCACUUGCGUGAGAAGGGUGAGGCGCCUCUACUCGUGAUGCCAGAGAGGUAUGUCUUCGGCGUCAACGGCUCAGCAAUGACAACGGAUGUUGCGCCACGAAAGCCUCUGAAUCCUACGGUGCAAAGCUGGCUGUCUGGCAAGGCAUUGUUCGUGGUUCCAGAUGAUGUGCCGGAUGAUGCAGUCUGGAUUUUCGCAAGCUUAACUCCAAACGCGCGGGAUCAGAAGCGAUAUGUCGUGACCAGGGAUAAGGCAAUGAACCACCGCGCCAGCAUUUGGAAUAUCAGAGUUGAGAAUGGUCCCUGCGCAGACUUGGAGCUUGAACGCUCCUUUCGUAGAUGGAGCGCGUUGCAUUUGCGCUGGUAUGCCAUGUCAUGGCAACACUGUGACCACUCGCAGGGCGUGAAUGUUCGAAUUGAUGAGUCACAGCCACCAUCGCUGGAAAUGCAGCAGCAUGACGGCAGCUGGUACAUUCCGGAGGCGAAUGGCUCUCGCUGGCUACGAAUUUUCCACGCUGAGCCG